CUCUCUCUCGCUCCCCCAGCCUGCAACCCUAUCAGCAGUGCUCAUGCUCUGAGUGUGUGUGGGCAUGUGUGGGUGUCAGUGAGAAAGUGUGUGUUUGUGUGCCCAGGUGCCAGAGUAGUGGGCUGAGAGAAGUCAGCUCUAGGACAUUAUAGCUGAAGGAGAGUGGACAGAGCUCUCUGAGGGGGCCCUGACAACAAUGGAGCAAACGCCUUGAGGGCCCCCCCAGAAAGACAGACAAACGGACGGAAACACUAAAAAGGGGAACGUAUCAUACAAUAAUGGUGUCAGAAGAGGUUAUAAUCAUCUUGUCCGGUGGAGCACCAUGGGGCUUUCGUCUCCAGGGGGGCGUGGAGCAUCAGAAACCACUUCAGGUGGCCAAGGUAUGGCUUCAGUGAAAGAUAGGAUGGUAAAACUGUUACAAGGGACAGGGGAUACAGUAAUAGGGACAUUCUGAAUAAUUGCAGACAAAAUGGUGGGUGUUCAUUUUUUUCUAUGACAGUGCAUUCUAUGAUAUAUUGAGUCUGGAAUUAGUGUGAUAUAAAGGGUUGUGAAUGUGGUUUGGAUGGAAUAUUGGCUGCCACCAUUGGCAGGGGCCGAAAGACCUGAGCAUGAGUCAUGUGUCUGUUCUGGAAUUAGUCAUGUGCAGACAUUGGAGUGAUUGAUAGAGCUGUUGAACUUUAAACUUCUACUGCUUGGAAUGUAACCAUUAAAAAUAAUUCUAUAGUAAGUACUGUAGUAUUCUAUAGUAAACUGUAGUAUUCUUUCAUGUGGGUAUGUAGCAACCCCUCUCACCCUCCCAUGUGGUAUGUUUUUUUCUUUAAUCACCUUUCAUAUCAGUAGUCAUAGAUCUUGGGUGUGUAAGAAAUAGUGUGUUUCUAGGCAGACAUAAUUUCAUGCUAUGUGGAUUUUGAUCAUGAAUCUCUAAUGACAUGAGAAAAAAUAUCUAGCUAUAAAAUACACAUGUUGGACAGAUCAGGGUCAUCAUUUGCAGAAGGUCAUCAUUGGCACUCGUUUCUGAGUGGCUGGUUCUCAGUCAGUCACUACACAUAUUCAUAAGAGGAUAUCCAGUUCAUCAAAGUUGUCAUAGAUACUGUACAUACAGCAUAUUAGUUCACAGUUCAGGAAGGUUUUACACCAAAGUAUUUCUGUUGGAUCUAUUCUCUGUUCAUCUGAAUAUAAGUCAUUUUUCUGGAUAGGUUAUUUUAGUAAAUACAGUACACACACACACACACACACACACACACACACACACACACACACACACACACACACACACACACACACACACACACACACACACUGAAACCACAUUUACAGAGUGUUAACUGAGAAUAAUUGCUUUUCAACCUGGCUAUUCUGGGUUGAGGGGUGGCUCACCAAGGUGUGUGUUUCAGCCUAGUGAAGGUUGUAUUCUUUGCCAGUGCUAGUUGAUAAAGGGCUAAAGAGCCCCUCCAAAACAAAGACAAAAUACUCUAUCCUCACACACAUCAAUGUAACCCUUGAUGUAUCAAGUUUCUACCAGAGUAAAAGGUUCUUAUAUGUCAGGGGUAUUCAACUCUUACCCUACGAGGUCCGGAGCCUGUCGGUUUUCUGUUCUACCUGAUAAUUAAUUGCACACACCUGGUGUCCCAGGUCUAAAUCAGUCCCUGAUUAGAGGGGAACAAUGAAAAAAUGCAGUGGAACUGGCUUCGAGGUCCAGAGUUGAGUUUGAGGGUAUUUAGGUCAUGUAGCUUCAACAUGUACACACUCUUUAAAUCUCAUAGGUUGCAUCAACACGACGGCCGUACCCUACUUCCUGAAUUGCAUAAUAGAGAACAACAUUACUAGUAGAGCCCUUAGAAUAAUGGUCCCUCAAAAAUAGUAGAUCAUAAUCCAACAUGGAGGUGACUUGCGCAGUUGCGUAGGAGCGUAGGACAUCAGCUCACCUUAUCUGAACAGACAGCUGUGUCUAUGGCGGCCAAUCUAAAACCAUAAGACCCCUGACCUCAGAAAAGGAGGCAGCAUAAUCAUGUUAAGUGUGUGUGUGUGUGUACAUGUGAAUAUGCAUGUGUGUGUGUUUUGAUACAGGGGCAGCAGCCAGGAGCUAAGACCACAAGGUGACUGAUAGACUUAUUAAUGUACCCGUCUUCAAGUAGCAACACAAAGUCAGGGCCACUUUGACAGGGUUAGCUAACUGGGACCUGUGAUUUAAUUACGGGCCUAAAAUGUCAGCCCUGAAUAUUCUUAUAGUGAUUAAUUGGGUUGAACCCUGUAUACCCUGCCUCAGAUCCAAACAAUGAACACAUGCACACUAUUUGCAGCCAUAACAUAUUCAAUAUGCAGAUGUAUUCAGUAUCAUAUCCUAGAAUAACCUCUAGGGGUUUAGAAUAAAUACAUUCCUCUGCAAUAUGCUAAGUACUACAUAACUUACAUGUACACAGUAUAACAGCAUAGGACUGGCAAGGUGCUGCCUAUGGGUUGACCCUGUACACAAAUAGAGGGAGAGUGCAUGGGGGAGGAGAGGUGCUGGCUGGCAUUUCCCUGAUAAAGUGGGUAAGAGGGCUUCACUUCUGCCACAGCUUGUGGGCAAUGUCUGCUGCACGUCCAAGCUGUCAGGGCAAGUCAUGAAGACUAGACAUCAAGAGCGGCUUUGUCAUGUUCUUCAUACAAUAUCACUUUUCAGAAAAAGGGAGAGACGACAGAGAUAAAUAGUCAGAGAGGGAGAGUGAUCGUUAGAGAAAGAGAUUGUUAGAGAGAGAGCAUCGUAUUGGGUGCUGUUGGCAGUCUUAUAUUGAAUACUGUGGGUGAUAUUUUGUCUCUCUGCUGGUGUAGGUGCGUAAGCGCAGUAAGGCGUGCAGGGCAGGACUGCGGGAGGGUGAUGAGCUGGUGUCCAUCAACAGCCAGCCUUGUGGAGGUCUGUCCCAUGCCCAGGCCAUGACCAUAAUCGACAGCUCCCCAGGAAUACUACACAUCCGGGUCAAGAGGUCAGAGAGCAAUUACAAUCACCAUUGAUGUGUACACCUGUCUGUCAAGUAACCCUGCUGUUAACAUAUUGUUUUACCUGCUAUGUUAGCAUUAAGUGCUACUCCAUCAUUACGUUUUACUCCAUCAUUAAGUGCUACUCCAUCAUUAAGUGCUACUCCAUCAUUAAGUGCUACGCAAAUAGGAUAAGCCAGAGCAGUAUGACCAACAAUAGUUAAGUAACCGUGUUGUGAAUUUGCUCCCACAGGGCGCCGGCAGGCUUCCAGUCCGUGGUGCUGUUGACCCGCGCCCCGUCACCCCGUAUCGACAAAGAGUACCGAGCCACCCUGCGUGCCAUGUCCCCCUCCUCCAGAUCCCACCACACAGCUGCUGUCAGGGAGGUCCCCCAUGGCAGGUGCUCCCUCCUGUCCCCCAUGGUGCGCAGAGGCCUCACCUCGCCCCCAGGCAGCGAGGCCUACUACGGGGAGACAGACAGUGACGCAGACGUGGCGGCCAACGAGAGGCAGAGGAAGCAGAAGCACAGAAGUCCCAGCAACUUACCCGGAAAAGCCUCCGGUAGAGCCUCCCCAGAAGGAGGGGAGACCUCAGAGUUUAGCGGCUAUGACAGUGCUCCAGAUGCCCGGGUCUACCCAGGACUCCAGGGCCACGGGUUACUGGAUGGCAGAGGAGGGGGAGAGGGCCUGCCGGGGGUGGCCCGAAGGGAAGUGAUCUACCAGCCCCCUCCAAGGAUAUGGUCCUCCCAGACCUCCACAGAGACAUCCUCCAUCAUCUCCUCAGUUGAGGACCAGGUCUCAGGGCAGGACAGAGUGGUGGAGGACAGUGGAUUCCAGGAGCCCUCCAACAUGGUCCCACUGGUGUCCCCCGAGAGGGCCAAGGAGGCCAUGCAGCUAAGCUCCCGCAGGCAGCUGGUGCCCAUGGUGGGGCCCAUAGACACCCCUCUGGACGAGGAGCUCAGUGUCACCUACAUGGACAAGGCCAAGCAAGCCAGUAAGUAUCCUAAUCAUGACCCGCAGGGUGAUAUGGGAUGUUUUACUGUACAAAGAAUUAGUCAUGUAAUGGCUAGUUGAGGCUGGCACUGCAUAUUGUGAGUUAUUUAAGUUAUUUAAAUUGACAUUGUCCUCUCAGGUAAAGGCAGAGUAUUCCUCAUGAGACAGCAUUAGUCUGCAUGGGGCCCUUUUAAGAGGACAGAGGCGGUCCCUUCUACUUAGAACAGGGGCUAUAUUUGUCCCCUGGUUCAGUUGUCCGAUAACCCGAGCACUGCAUGCAUGAACAGGGAAAAGCAUCUCCAUGCAGCUGCUAUCUGAUAUCAAGUAGCAGAGUAGUUCUCCCCCAUCUCACUUUCCCUCUCUGACCAACUUUACACAUCACUCUGUCCUUCUCCUCCACUAUAUUCCCCUCUCAUGUUCAUGUCUUGCUACAUCUCGCUAAGACUGAAAUAAAAAGAAAGGGUACAUUUAAGAAAAACAUACAUAUUUUUAUGUACAGUUGAAGUCGGAAGUUUACAUAUACCUUAGCCAAAUACAUUUAAACUCAGUUUUUCACAAUUCCUGAUAUUUAAUCCUAGUAAAAAUUCCCUGUCUUAGGUCAGUUAGGAUCACCACUUUAUUUUAAGAAUGUGAAAUGUCAGAAUAAUAGUAGAGAGAAUUAUUUAUUUAAGCUUUUUUUUCAUUCAUCACAUUCCCAGUGGGUCAGAAAUUUACACACACUCAAUUAGUAUUUGGUAGCAUUGCCUUUAAAUUGUUUAACUUGAGUCAAACGUUUCGGGUAGCCUUCCACAAGCUUCCCACAAUAAGUUGGGUGAAUUUUGGCCCAUUCCUCCUGACAGAGCUGGUGUAACUGAGUCAGGUUUGCAGGCCUCCUUGCUCUCACAUGCUUUUUCAGUUCUGCCCACAAAUGUUCUAUAGGAUUGAGGUUUACAUUUUAGUCAUUUAGCAGACACUCUUAUCCAGAGCGACUUACAGUUAGUGAAUACAUAUUUGUUUUAUACUGGCCCCCCAUGGGAAUCGAACCCACAAACCCUCUAUCAACUGAGCUACAUCCCUGCCGGCCAUUCCCUCCCCUACCCUGGGCCAAUUGUGCGCCGCCCAUGAGUCUCCCGGUCACGGCCGGCUGCGACAGAGCCUGGAUUCGAACCAGGAUCUCUAGUGGCACAGUUAGCACUGCGAUGCAGUGCCUUAGACCACUGCGCCACUCAGCGUGCUUUGUGAUGGCCACUCCAAUACCUUGACUUUGUUGUCCUUAAGCCAUUUUGCCACAACUUUGGAGGUAUGCUUGGGGUCAUUGUCCAUUUGGAAGACCAAUUUGCGACCAAGCUUUAACUUCCUGACUGAUGUCUUGAGAUGUUGCUUCAAUAUAUCCACAUAAUUUUCCUUCCUCAUGAUGCCAUCUAUUUUGUGAAGUGAACCAGUCCCUCCUGCAGCAAAGCACCCCCACAGCAUGAUGCUGCCACCCCGUGCUUCACGGUUGGGAUGGUGUUCUUCGGCUUGCAAGCCUUCCCCUUUUUCCUCCAAACAUAACGAUGGUCAUUAUGGCCAAACAGUUCUAUUUUUGUUUAAUCAGACCAGAGGACAUUUCUCCAAAAAGUACGAUCUUUGUCCCCAUGUGCAGUUGCAAACCGUAGUCUGGCUUUUUUAUGGUGGUUUUGGAGCAGUGGCUGCUUCCUUGCUGAGCAGCCUUUCAGGUUAUGUCGAUAUAGGACUCAUUUUACUGUGGAUAUAGAUACUUUUGUACCAGUUUCCUCCAGCAUCUUCACAAGGUCCUUUGCUGUUGUUCUGGGAUUGAUUUGCACUUUUCGCACCAUAGUACGUUCAUCUCUAGGAGACAGAACGCGUCUCCUUCCUGAGCGGUAUGAUGGCUGUGUGGUCCCAUGGUGUUUAUACUUGCGUACUAUUGUUUGUACAGAUGAACGUGGUACCUUCAUGCGUUUGGAAAUUGCUCCCAAUGAUGAACCAGACUUGUGGAGGUCUACAAUUUGUUUUCUGAGGUCUUGGCUGAUUUCUUUUGAUUUUCCCAUGAUGUCAAGCAAAGAGGCACUGAGUUUGAUGAAGGUAGGCCUUGAAAUACAUCCACAGGUACACCUCCAAUUGACUCAAAUUAUGUCAAUUAGCCUAUCAGAAGCUUCUAAAGCCAUGACAUAAUUUUCUGGAAUUUUCCAAGCUGUUUAAAGGCACAGUCAACUUAGUGUAUGUAAACUUCUGACCCACUGGAAUUGUGAUACAGUGAAUUAUAAGUGAAAUAAUCUGUCUGUAAACAAUUGUUGGAAAAAUUACUUGUGUCAUGCAUAAAGUAGAUGUCCUAACCGACUUGCCAAAACUAUAGUUUGUUAACAAUAAAUUUGUGGAGUGGUUGAAAAGCAAGUUUUAAUGACUCCAACCUAAGUGUAUGUAAACUUCCGACUUCAACUGUAUAAUGUAUAUGUACUGUAUAUGUAAGACACAUUUAAAACAGCGUAAACAAAAGAUGAUAACAUUCCAUUCAUACACGUGAAUAUACAAAAUACACACACAUGUGCUGUCUUUGGCCGGAUGGUUAGGCACCAAUACACUAAUAGCUAAUGAUAGUGAGGCUGAGUGUCCUCUGCUCUGAUCAGUCUGUCAGACAGCUGAUGUAUGGACCAGUGACCUGGGCUAACAGCUGAAGAAUGCAUGUUUGUGUAUCAGCGAUGAAGAGGUUUGCUGUGGGAUGACGUUCCACGACGGAUGUUUCAGAUGCUCCACUUAGUGCAAAGGAACACAGAAAUUGAUGGUUUUAAGAUAAGGCCAAUAAUGGAUCAGUAAAAUUAAUAAAUUAUGUUGGUGUGAGAAAGCAACUACAACUUAUCAGUCACAGAAAUGGUUAAACUCAUAUUGAAAAGCCACCUAAAGCAGGAUCACAUAAGUAGUUUUCCAUAUUUGAAUUGUAAUCUUUGAGUUUAUCAAGCAAUAACGAUCCCUAGACAGAUGGACUAGAUGGCAGAUUAAAGGGAAAUUCCAUAUAUACAAAUAUUUUAUUUGUUACAAUAACAGAGAAUCUCUGUUAUCUACAGUAGGGUAUGUGAUCAUGUCAUACUUUAUGUCAAUAAUAAACUCCUGACCAAGUACAUAUAUACAGUGGGGAAAAAAAGUAUUUAGUCAGCCACCAAUUGUGCAAGUUCUCCCACUUAAAAAGAUGAGAGAGGCCUGUAAUUUUCAUCAUAGGUACACGUCAACUAUGACAGACAAAUUGAGGAAAAGAAAUCCAGAAAAUCACAUUGUAGGAUUUUUUAUGAAUUUAUUUGCAAAUUAUGGUGGAAAAUAAGUAUUUGGUCACCUACAAACAAGCAAGAUUUCUGGCUCUCACAGACCUGUAACUUCUUCUUUAAGAGGCUCCUCUGUCCUCCACUCGUUACCUGUAUUAAUGGCACCUGUUUGAACUUGUUAUCAGUAUAAAAGACACCUGUCCACAACCUCAAACAGUCACACUCCAAACUCCACUAUGGCCAAGACCAAAGAGCUGUCAAAGGACACCAGAAACAAAAUUGUAGACCUGCACCAGGCUGGGAAGACUGAAUCUGCAAUAGGUAAGCAGCUUGGUUUGAAGAAAUCAACUGUGGGAGCAAUUAUUAGGAAAUGGAAGACAUACAAGACCACUGAUAAUCUCCCUCGAUCUGGGGCUCCACGCAAGAUCUCACCCCGUGGGGUCAAAAUGAUCACAGGAACGGUGAGCAAAAAUCCCAGAACCACACGGGGGGACCUAGUGAAUGACCUGCAGAGAGCUGGGACCAAAGUAACAAAGCCUACCAUCAGUAACACACUACGCCGCCAGGGACUCAAAUCCUGCAGUGCCAGACGUGUCCCCCUGCUUAAGCCAGUACAUGUCCAGGCCCAUCUGAAGUUUGCUAGAGUGCAUUUGGAUGAUCCAGAAGAGGAUUGGGAGAAUGUCAUAUGGUCAGAUGAAACCAAAAUAUAACUUUUUGGUAAAAACUCAACUCGUCAUGUUUGGAGGACAAAGAAUGCUGAGUUGCAUCCAAAGAACACCAUACCUACUGUGAAGCAUGGGGGUGGAAACAUCAUGCUUUGGGGCUGUUUUUCUGCAAAGGGACCAGGACAACUGAUCUGUGUAAAGGAAAGAAUGAAUGGGGCCAUGUAUCGUGAGAUUUUGAGUGAAAACCUCCUUCCAUCAGCAAGGGCAUUGAAGAUGAAACGUGGCUGGGUCUUUCAGCAUGACAAUGAUCCCAAACACACCGCCCGGGCAACGAAGGAGUGGCUUCGUAAGAAGCAUUUCAAGGUCCUGGAGUGGCCUAGCCAGUCUCCAGAUCUCAACCCCAUAGAACAUCUUUGGAGGGAGUUGAAAGUCCGUGUUGCCCAGUGACAGCCCCAAAACAUCACUACUCUAGAGGAGAUCUGCAUGGAGGAAUGGGCCAAAAUACCAGCAACAGUGUGUGAAAACCUUGUGAAGACUUACAGAAAACGUUUGACCUGUGUCGUUGCCAACAAAGGGUAUAUAACAAAGUAUUGAGAAACUUUUGUUAUUGACCAAAUACUUAUUUUCCACCAUAAUUUGCAAAUAAAUUCAUUAAAAAUCCUACAAUGUGAUUUUUUGGAGAAAAAAAAUCUCAUUUUGUCUGUCAUAGUUGACGUUUACCUAUGAUGAAAAUUACAGGCCUCUCUCAUCUUUUUAAGUGGGAGAACUUGCACAAUUGGUGGCUGACUAAAUACUUUUUUCCCCCACUGUACAAAAGACUUACAACAUGCCCACCUGUCAGUUAUAAACUCCAGGACAGGGAGGGCUGAGGCUAUUCGAAGAUGUUGCUGUUUUAAGAAGUUAAAGAAAUAAACUGCCAUAAAUCCCUGAGUGUCCCUAAUUAGAGGUUCACUGUCACAUGUCCUGUUAAGGGACACUGCCGGUGACAAAUUAAAUAACAACUCCUUACAUAGUUGAGGACAUUGGGAUCAUAGAUUUAGCCUCCCUACGCUAAUUAAAACCAUAACAAAUUAGUGGAAAUGUACAACCUCUGCCUACAAGAUGGGACUUUCCGUUAACUCUUUAUGCUAUUUGGUGAAGUUAGUAGCUGGGAACUUGGGAUUUCUCCUUUACCUUGUGUUAUGAUGAGUUUCUUGGGUAUCAAAUAAUCAAGGAUGCAAGAAUAUAGUUAGACACUUUGUAGACAGUUAAUGCAAAUGUUUAAUGAUCGGUACCGGGUUCGUUACAACAAUGACCAGAGCUUUGCCCUUGGUGUUACGAACUAACUUGAACAGAGAAGACACUCUACCUUAUAUACCUUCUGUUACCCUCUUCUUGGCAUACAUCUAGUAAGUCUCCAUGGGCACUCCCAGUCUUUGAUGUUCAUCACCCUUACCCCAAGUCAGUAUCCUGUCCAUCAAUCAUGCUAUCCUAAACAUCACUAAUCUACCUUGACAUAAGUAAUGUACACUUUCUGUCUCCUAACCACUUAUCUAGUAACUCUAACCUGUUCCCCACGAUACUAUGACAUGACAUCAUUACACUAUAAAAAACAUCAUAUCACCUUGGUUAAUGUGAAAAGCCUGUGGCUUGCCAGUCAUUUUUCCGGAGGUGCUCUGGUAGCAUGUUAGAAGAUGGAUGCUUGUUAAAGACUCUCCCUGCUGUUUUUAGAACCUGAUGUCACGCUGAGUUCUCCAUUUAAAGGUUAAAUCUGGUCGUUCAUCACUGGUUAAAAAAAAUCCCUUUACUGUUGCCAAUGCAUCAAUGUCCACCCUAUAAAAUACUAUCCCGUGAUCUUUUUGUGUAUAUUAUGUUAGAUUCAGUUCCAAUUUAAGUUAAUCAGUUCAGAUGAAUUAUAACUCCUAUUCAAGAAUUGAAAAUAAGUUUCAUCCAGAACUUUUCAAAAAAUGUAUCGACUGGAUUGAAAUGAAAAUUACCCCAACCAAGAUAACAUAGAAACAGUAAUGGCAUUUCUACAGACAUACCCACCCUAAAAAAUGCUCUCUGACACCUACAGAACUGAACCGGGGUGACACAGCUCAAGAUAAAAAGGUGAAGGAGGCCAGAACCAAGUGCCGCUCCAUCGCCUCCCUUCUGACAGACGCCCCCAACCCCCACUCCAAGGGUGUGCUGAUGUUCAAGAAGCGCAGGCAGCGCUCCAAGAAGUACACGCUGACCAGCUUCGGCAGUGUGGACGAAGACAUGCAGCACAAUUCCCAGGAGGAAGAUGGUCUCUUCCCAGGAAGCGAGUCGGAGUUUGAUGAGGAUGGCUUCUCAGCCGCCCCCGACACCACCUGGGACAGUGACUACCUAGAUGCGCUGGAGAAGAGGGCGACCGCAGGGGGGGAGCGAGGGGACGGUGCAGAAGAUGCCCCCAGUCCCGGCCUGAGUGACAUCUCUGGGAAGGGCGCCCAGCUGUUUGAGCAGCAGAGGAAGAGGGCGGCCGAGCACGCCAAGAAGGUGGCUGCCGCCCAACCUCAGACAAGGACCCAAUCACCGAACCAACUACAGAUCCAGGAGCAGCCUCAGCCAUAUACACAGAGCCAGCCCCAGGCAGAAACACAACCACAGAUGUACCAGCCUCAGCAGCCUACAGCACCACCGCCCCCUGUAGCCUUCCAGGAGGAGGCUCGGUCUGUGGCAGAGAGGCCUAUGGCACCGGCCCCAGCUGCUCCUACUGCCUACAGCAUGGCUAAUGGAGACGUAGCCUACUCUGCAGUGAGCAUGGCUAGCAUGGUGAUGUCACCCCUGACUGUGGCACCCAAACCAAUCACCACCCAAGUGUCUAUCUUAACCACUCACAUACCUCCGCCCCAAACACCGCUGCCAGAACUCUCCUCCAGCUCUGUGCUCAACAGAACAGCCCGCCCCUUCAACCCAGGGUUUGUGACCAACCGAGCCGCCACCGCUCCUGUUGUGUUCCGCCCCGUCAUCACCAAAAGGGCCCCGCGUCCGGCGACCUCUGUGUCUAUUGUAGGACCUCCCUUCUCUUCCUCAUCAGAGCUGCCUCCAAGUGGUAAUCCCUCCUUCUCUCCCCCGUCCUCUGUGUCCAGAGGACCCUUCUCCACCUCCUCCUCAGCAUCGGCCAUUCAUCCCCGUCCUGCCUUCUCUGUGGAGAACCUGGCAGAACCACCCAUGUCCUCUGUUCCACAGGCUUCCUUCAUAGCCAUACGUCCACCCCCAGCACAAUUUUCAGGUGGCCCCAUACCCCCACCUCCAGUAUCAUUUGCCAAUGUACCCUCAAUUCCACCUCCAUCACCAUUCUCAGGUGCACCCAUACCCCAGCCUCAAGUUUCUGUUGCCCAGAUGUCCCAAGCUUCUGUCUCAGUUGUUCCACUCCCACCCCCCACAACCCCAACACCUAUACCCAGAUCCCCCAUGUCCAAGGUCCCACCUCCCCCUGGUGGUCGUACCGGCAUCCUCCAGGAGGCUCGUCGGCGCAGCGGUAGGAGGCCCAUGUUCGGAGUCCCUGGUGAGAAGAAGAAUUCUCCCAACCCUGACCUGCUGAACAUGGUGCAGAACCUGGAUGACAGGCCCCGCUACGGAAGCUACUCAGAGAGUAUGAUGGCCUUUGAGUCAGGCGCUGAGGAAGACCAGGGUGCUGAAGCCUGCCAGGGAAGGAUGCCUCCACCGGUGGCCCCCAAACCCCGGGUCAUCCACGAGGCCCCCCAGAUCCCCCAGGAAGAGGGCAAGGGGGCUCAGCUGUUUGCCCGCAGGCAGAGCUGCAUGGACCAGUAUGUGGUAGACACUCCACAGGAGACCGCCUACCAGCAGGAGGUCACCCACCCAGGGGCCAAGCCCCAGGAUGCUCCCAACCCCAAUAUCAUCUCACAGUGGAAGUUAUCCCCCAACAUCCGCGCCCCCCCGCCUAUUGGCUACAACCCUCUGCUGGCCCCCUCCUGUCCUGUGGGGCCACAGAGAGAUACCAGCAGGUCUGACAGGGGGGGCUGGGGAGGCAAAGGAGGGAUCGCCUUUCAGAGGGAGGGAAUCAAAGCUCUGGAUUUCAUGAGAAGGCAGCCUUACCAGCUCAACUCAGCUAUGUUCGGGGGUAGUGUUGCCAACCUGUCGGCGAUGCCCUCCUACCAGGACCAGAGACAGCAGCAGGGAGGGUACACUACUAUGGUGGGCAGCACCAUGACCCCUCCCAGACAGAUCCCAGUCAAGGCGGCCCGUGUGUAUGAGAUCAAGCGCUUCUCCACACCCACGCCCAUGUCAGCCCCGAGCCUGGCCCCCACCGUGAUCGCUCCUCGCUCAGCCACAACACUGGGAGAGCGCCUGACCCGCUCUGACAUGAUCUCCCCAACCCCUGUUCCUCUCUCCUCACCCCCUGCCCCUGUCUUUGCCCCAGCUCCUAUCUCUGCCCCACAUCCCGUCCUUGCUCCUACCUAUUCAGGGGGCCUGCCCGGGCUGCCCAGAAUCAAUGCCACCCUUGUCCCUAACCCCAUCCCCAUCCCCUACCCAGAACCCUAUCCUGGAGUGUCCUGCAGUUGGCUCCAAGGAGCCAAGCAGUUUCAGAGUGCCCCUGAGCUUAGUUUCCUUGCUAACCUCCCCACUCCCCUAAGGGCAAAUGCCAUGCAGGCACCCAAACCCCGCUUCAUCGCCACCAAGGUGGGCGUCCAGCCGUGUGUGUGGAGACCAGAUGCCAUGUGA